CUUAAUUGGUCCAGGUCUGGCUGGUGGAAGGCGUCGGCCGUGGCUAGUUAACACCCUACCGACAAAGACGUACCUCCAAGGAUUUAGCGUUCCGGUACGAUAUCGUGUAGAAAUCGAAAGGAGUGUGGAUCUUUAUCCUACUCCUAACAAGUUUGCCCGCAUCCAUCUUAGAUUGCAUCAUCACUUACUAUCAGAUGAGAUUGUAGUCAAGGUCCAACUUGUAAAUAAUAAAAAAAUCUAUGAAGUGCCUACACGUCACCGCUGGUAAUAAAGUGUAUAGGUAAGUAGGUAAGUCUUGGAGACCCGUUAGGCUGUUGGUCCCAGUUACAUAGACGUAUACCAACUCUGUAAGUAAGGCUUGCUUCAUUGCUUCAUACGCACUUAUACCUAACCUAAAACUAUUUACUUAUAUCUGACGGGACAUACAAUUUUUCCACUAUAGUGUAGUGUUUAAACCUAUUGCAUGCGUACGAAUAGAUCAGCUCAGUGAAGUAAUGGAAUAUUUUAUUUAGGUAAGUACUUACCUAAGUAUUAAGAUAACGGUGCAUUUGAUUUCUAUGAUUAGGUUGGUAGGUACUUAGGAGAGAUUAAAAUUAAAUUCCAAAAAAAUAUACCUUAUUAAAGUGGAAAUAAGAUUGUUUAUAGUGUGAUUACAAAAUUCGGCGAAUUUCCAAUACAAUACACUGAUAAAUGUUUUAUAUGUCAAUAUCACAUUUGCAAGUCAAAAAACGCGCUGAUACAUUCAGUACCUAUAGCAUUGCCCAGGUACAUUAUAAUGGAAUUUAAUAAUAAAGUUGUUAUAGUGACUGGUGCUAGUUCUGGAAUAGGAGCAUCCACAGCUAUAGCCUUCAGUGCAGCGGGCGCUGAAGUGGUUAUGGUAGGACGAAACGAAGCCAAGCUAAAAUCAGUCGCCGCCAAAUGCAAGAACCCCCUAGUGUUGAUCGCGGAUAUGAGAAAAGACGACGAUGUGAAACGAAUCAUGGACGAAACAAUCAAAAUGUUUGGCCGCCUGGACAUUUUAGUAAACAACGCGGGACUGUCAUCCACAGGGCAUCUCAUGGAAAGUGACAACAUGAUGAAAGCUUACGAUAUCACCAUGAAUACGAACGUACGAGGUCUGGUACAUAUGACCAGCGUAGCUGCACCCCAUUUAGCAAAAACAAAAGGAAACAUCAUAAACAUAUCCAGCGUUGUUGCACUCAUCACACCAAGUGUAAUUGGAUCGAUAAAUUACUUCGUCUCCAAAGCUGCUGUUAACCAUUUCACUCAGUGCUCGGCUAUUGAAUUGGCACCAUACGGGAUUAGAGUGAACACAGUCAGUCCUGGACCAGUCAGGACUGACUUCAUAACUAAUGCCAAGUUGAAUGCUGAUUAUGAAGUUAUUAAAACGAAAAGUGCUUUAAAUAGAAUUUCAGAGCCAGAAGAGAUCGCUGAUUUGAUUCUGUAUAUAGCUAGUGAUAAAGCAAAAGGUAUUACUGGAUCAAACUUUUUGUCUGACAACGGUGUAAUGGUAAAACGUACUUAAUUCGUGAGUAGGCUUUCCAUAAUAGUAGCUGCGGCGAUUAUGGGCAUUGUUUUUCAUAAGAUCGUAAUACUUAUAUAAGUAGGUAGUAGGUACGUUUUAAAAUUGAGUUGAGGUUGUAAAUAAAAAAUAAAGUUUAUAAUUUCUCA